UAGAUGGCUCAGUGCAUGGACGAAAGUCACACACAGCAAUUCAAGAAAGUCUUCAUUUUCACACUGCCAUAACAAUCUCAAAAACACUAAUUGCAGGCAUUUAUAGGAUCCAAAUAGUAACUGUUCUCGAGAAUUAGAAAUGGCCAAAUCUAAUCCUCACAAGCCACCAAAUGGCCGCACAAAUUUAGCCUCAUGCAUUGUAGCAACCAUUUUCUUGAUAUUUCUACUCAUUCUAAUCCUAAUAAUUUACUUCACACUUUUUAAACCCAAAGAGCCGAAGCUCGCCGUCACCGCCGUGCAGCUUCCCUCCUUUUCUGCCGGCAAAGGUACCUUCAACUUCACCUUCUCCCAGUAUGCCAACGUCAACAACCCCAACCGAGAAGUUUUCACCCACUACGACAGCUCACUGCAGCUCCUAUACGCAGGAACUCAGGUGGGGUUCAUGUUCAUCCCCGCCGGAAAGAUUGACGCCGGCAAGACUGAGUACAUGGCAGCGACUUUNCUUUUUUUUUUUUUUUUUUUUUUUAUCUAA